AUGAAACCUUGGCGCCUCACAUUAUCAAAGGGACUCAUAAUGGCUUAUGGUAUGCAUGCUGCCAUGGAUACAUAUAUCGCUCGACCAGCGGAAAAAGAAGAGCUAGAAUCUUUUCAUACUGAAGAUUACUUGAAUUACUUGAAAACUGCAAAAGUGGUUCAACCCGAUGAUAACUGGCCGAAAGAUUUUAACCUUGGUGGCUACGAUUGUCCUAUAUUUGAUGGACUACUAAAUUACUGUUCAAUGUACGCCGGGGCCUCAAUCGAUGCAGCUCGCAAACUUUGUAAUGGCCAGGCUGAAAUUGCCAUUAAUUGGUCCGGGGGCUUGCACCAUGCAAAGAAAGCUGAAGCGUCGGGGUUUUGCUAUGUUAACGAUAUCGUUUUAGCAAUCCUACAGCUCUUAAGAUAUCAUUCAAGGGUUCUAUACAUUGACAUCGAUGUACAUCACGGCGACGGGGUAGAAGAAGCAUUCUGGUCCUCAGAUAGAGUCAUGACUCUUUCAAUACACAAAUACGACGGAAUGAGUUUUUUCCCGGGCACUGGGGAUUUAAAUCCUACGGGUCCAGAUAGUGAAAACAAUUUGGGAGCUCAUCACGCUAUUAAUGUUCCUCUAUCAGAUGGUAUUGACGACGAGCAAUAUAUUUACAUGUUUAAGACAGUUGUCGGAAAAUGUGUCGAGAAAUUUAGACCAACAGCUAUAGUAUUACAAUGUGGUGCCGACUCUUUAGCUGGUGACCGACUAGGGAGAUUCAACGUCCAAGUACAAGGACAUGGUUCAUGUGUGGCUUUCUGCAAGUCACUGAAUUUACCUCUACUUCUGCUUGGGGGAGGAGGAUACACCCCAAGAAAUGUAGCUCGGGCAUGGGCACAUGAGACAAGUAUUGCCAUAGGAUGUGACAAUUAUUUAAACCCAGUUAUCCCCCUACACACACCUUAUAGAGAACAUUUUCGUCAUGAAGCCCUAUUCCCAACACUAGAGCAAGUUUUACCGGAGCCACGUGCGAAUAGAAACUCUGCAAAAAAAAUCCAAGAUAUCCUGAGUCAUAUAACGGAGCAACUUCGGUUUGUGAACGCUGCACCUAGUGUUCAAAGCCAGGCUAUUCCACCAGACCUUACAGGGAUGAAGCAAGAGGUUGAGGAUAGGCUCAAAGAAGAAAGAGAUGAGAUAAAUCACGUUAGGAUUAUUAGGGAAGAAGCUUUAGGAGUGGCUAUGGAAUUCUAA